AUGGGUUCUGAAGAUAAUGUCAAAAACUUUGAGAAGAUCGCAGUAGACCCACUGGAGCCUCUUGUUCUUCGUCCACCUGUUGGGUCAGAAGUUUAUGGAUCACCUCCAUCAAGACGUACUAGUCGUAGCCGUCCUUUCAUAUUGGGUUCAUUAUUCGUCUUGUUCACUUUGCUAAUGAUUGCUAGUGUAUUUCUGCUGCUAUACAUCCUUGGUUAUAGACCGUUAACCUCACUUAACCAUAAAGGAAAUGCACACAGAUCAAUUUGUCGCAUUCGUAUUCCAUUUUUAAAAAUAGAUCCUGUAGAAUCUAUUACAACAGAUGAUAAUUUCCUCAAUGUUACACUAUCUGAAGUACCUUACUACAAUGUGAUCCGUAUUUUACAUCUGUUCUCUGAGGGUUUGACAGUGAUUAGAACAAAUAAGCAUUGUUACAUUAGACCGUUGAGGGCUGAAUUAAGAGGAUCUGGGAUCGAAGAUUAUCUGCGUCGACUAAAUGAUGGAAAUGAUCUUAAAGAUUCAGUGGAAGGUUAUCCUGUCACAGAGCCUUGGUAUAUAGAUAGAGAUCCAUAUAAUACUAUUCAUAAUUCAUUGAUUAUGUCAUGGUGUGCUGGUGUGCCGGCCUUUCGUUUAGUCUCAACAAGACCUCCAAUAAGUGGAUAUAAAGGAGAUAUAAUGCCUACUAUGCCAGAUGAAUCAUUGAAACCGGGCAAUCCAGAUCCAUUCGUGGGUGAUUAUGAUAACAGUGAUCAGGCGGAUAUUCUGCGUAUCCUUCUACCUGAUCGUGAAAAUAUUCGUCGAGUACGUAGUGUAGACAUGGCUCCAGAGAUGCAAGAUAAAUCAAGAAAAUUAACGAAAUCAGACAUUUCCAAAUGUGAAAUAGUAGAUGUUCUUUUAGAAGAUGCUACAAUUACAUCAACACAUGAUAAUCAUUCUGUAUCAAUACUUCGUGAUGUAAUCAUGUCAUGUUCAUAA